AGUAGUUAGUAAGCAGAGUUGACUUCGAGGUUCUCCCUGCUUUUGAACCUUUUUUUCCAUCUUUUUUUUUACACUUAGAAGCAGGCAUUGCCAAACUGAAUAAUAAAAAUAGUGGUAUGCCGACGCACUUUUCAAAACAACUAAAUUUGAAGUCUCUUUACUAUAAUGUAAAAGAAAACCGAUUUCGGCUUCACGGAAGCCCUAACAUUGUUACAAAGCUUUGUAUAGUUGGAAGCGGGCCAGCUGGUUUUUUUACGGCUCUGCGCCUACUUAAAUUAGUCCCUCCUACCUUAAACUUUACCAUAGACAUAUUUGAAAAACUCCCGUUCGCUGGAGGUUUAGUUCGUUAUGGUGUAGCUCCGGAUCACCCUGAGACAAAAAGGGUGAUGUCCACGUUUGAGCAGUGCUUGCGCAACACGAGGAUCAGGUUUCUGGGGAACGUAAAGAUCGGCGAAGACAUAAAGCUAAAAGAGUUGCGCCGAUUCUAUGCUGCCACUAUUCUCUGCACGGGUGCCGAGGAUAACCGCACUUGUUUCCCUCAAGCCUCAGGCGUUCACGGCCUUUAUUCUGCCAGGCGUUUUGUUAACUGGUACAAUGGCCACCCCGAAUAUGUGAACGAGAAAUUUAAGCUAAGCGAAAGCCGCACCGUUUUGAUCUUAGGAAAUGGCAAUGUUGCUAUGGACAUCAGCCGAAUGAUGCUGAAAUCCCCUACAGAGCUAGAGAAUACCGACAUUUCUCCUUACGCCCUGGAAGAGCUCUGGAAAAGCAAAGUAGAGAGAAUUAUUUGCGUCGGCCGCCGGGGCCCCGCCCAGGCAGCCUAUACUAUAAAGGAAUUUCGGGAACUUACGAAGCUUGGCGACGUAAGAAUUAGUAUUCUUGAUGAAGACGUGAAACAAAUGAAUGACGAUUUGCGGAUACUCGGCAAAAAAGUGAGAGACACCGAGAAAAGUGCUUGGAGGAGGAAAAGAAUUCUUAACCUUUUUAACGAAUGCUACCUUUCCUCAAAUUUGAAAGAUUGUAGUUCGUCCAAGAAAAGAACCUUCGAGCUCAAAUACUAUCGGAGACCUCUCCAGCUCGUCACGGACCAUGCUGGCCGCAUAACCCACGUGGAAUUUCAGAAAACCCGACUUGUUCCUGAAGGCGCUGAGUCAUUUGAGCACGCCGAGUUCCAGCCGACGGAGACUACUGAAAGAAUUCCGUGCGAUCUUGUAUUCGAAAGCGUUGGUUAUAAAAGCGUUCCUAUUGAAGGUGUUCCCUUUGACUAUGAACGCUUUUUGAUCCCAAAUGUGCGGGGAGCUGUUAUCAGCGACAAACAAACUCAGUUGUCCCCGCUGUACUGCUCUGGAUGGGUUAAAAGAGGGCCAAGGGGGGUAAUACUGAGCUCAAAGCUUGACGCAGAGGAAACUGUGGACAAGAUUCUUGAGGAUUUGGAUACCGGGGUAAUAGAAUACAAAGAAACCCACCAAGCAGAAGUUUGCGAUUUGUUAAAAACACGUAAUCGUCGAUUUAUAACCAAGAACGAUUGGUUUGCGCUCUAUAACUACGAACUCGAGCAGGGAAGAGCCUCUAAUAUUAGUGGCCCUAAAAAAAUUUUAAGUGUCGAGCAAGUUUGGAGGUAUCUAAAGGAAAUUAAGAGUGGAUAACG